UGACAAACACAAGCAGGAAUAUUUCUCUGAUCUAUCCUCAGUUUGACCUCAACUGACCUGAACCUACAGGUGAAGCUCCAUAAUGUCUUCUCCUGUGAUUGCCUUGCCCGCGGCAUCCUCAGCUAAAAAGAAAGCCAGAUCUAAGAAGAAGUCAGGUCCUUCAGUGUCUGACCUGAUCCUGAAGAUUGUGUCUGGCUCUUCCCAGCGUGGUGGUGUGUCUCUGGCAGCCGUAAAGAAGGCCCUUAAAGCCGGAGGGUAUGAUGUGGUGAAGAACAAGGCAAGGAUAGCAGUGGCUGUCAAGCGUCUGGUGAGCAAGAAAGUUUUGCUCCGGACCAAAGGCUCUUUUAAGCUUAACAAGAAGCCUCCUAAACCCAGAAAGAGGAAGGUGGUGAAGAAGAAGAAGCCAAAGACCAAGAAGAAGACAGCAAAGAAGACCACCAAAAAGGCAGUUAAAAAGUCCCCAAAGAAGAAGAGGAAGGCCAAGAGCCCCAAGAAAGCCAAAAAGCCUGCUGUGGCCAAAAAGGCAAAGAAGCCAAAGAGCCCCAAGAAGGCGAAGAGGGCCAAAGCUAAAAGGACCAAGACUGCAGCCAAGAAGUGAGGGCUCCAUGGAACCAAAGGAACAUCUUCUGGGCAUUACUCUGUGUGGACUAAGAUGCAUUCAACUAAACUAAGUUUGCCUUUCUGAACUUGCUUUUUUUUCUUUCAUAUCCUGUUUAUUCUCUCUUUUCCACCUUAUCUGCUAUGGUCUGUCACAGACUGAAUUCAUUUUUGGAAAUAAAAAGAAAUCGUUAUGAUUUAA